CUUGACUUCGAUUGGGAUGGUAGACAGCUAUGGACUACUUCUCUAAAUUCCUGCGUUCUGGGACUCAGCCUGCCCCGAAGGCACCUCAGGAUCAUGCUCAGGAGUUCCAUAAAUCGUGGGUCCAUGUUAAAGAAACACUCACGAACCCUGACGAGCGGCAGCUGAACAAGGGCAUCCAGGCAACAGAUGUGCCGGCUCAUCUCAAGUCUAUGGUGGAUAUCCUUGUGUUGGAGUCGACCAGGACAGAAGAGGGCGCAACGGGUGUUUGCUUGGAGUAUCUUCUCAAGAAUGAUGUCCUGGGCAAUCUCGUGCGACUGAGCGAAGCCGAUCGCCCCUCUGGCAUCCAAGCUGAAGUCCUCCGUGCCGUUCAGAAUAUGGUCGUUCUUCUUGACGAACAGUUCCUCGUACACUCUGCUGUUCAUAAGGCCGUCCUUCGAUUACUCAGAAACUGCGUCGGCGAUGACAUCCAGGAGCAACUUGACAACCGGAGUAGAAAGGUCAUGGGUGCAGCUGGCAAUGCGAUUCGGAGUUCGCCCUCAGAGUAUGAGGAGGACCUCGUCAAUCUGUUGUGUAUUCUCUGCAGCCGUAUCCGGACCUACAGGGAACUCCUCAUGAUAUUCUUCCACGACAAGCACUGGUACCGAUCUGAGCCUUUGUUCGCGGUUGAAGAAGAAGACGAAGAGGAGGAGGAGGAAGAGGAAGAAGAGGCCGAAGCCGAGGCUGAAAAGAACGAGGGUGAAACCGACAAGAAAUCAACAGACGAGAAACAGCAGCCUACAGACGCAAAGGGUCAUCGUCCGUCUUCACGCGCAUCCUCGCAAGGAACGGUAACAUCGGCCCCAGCAUCAUCCCUCACGAAAAAGACGGAAUACGAGUUCCUCCUUUUCAACUACCUUCUUCGCUUUGUCCAUCGAGAAGGUCAAAUCGGCGACUUCGCUCGUGCCGGUCUCUUAUUCCUUAUGGACGUGGCCAUGUCUCCAAGCGAACCAGUCCAUCGCCUCACCAGCGAGGAUUCAUCCUCGACCACUGAGGUUACCUCUUCAGAUCCCGUUAGAGACGCAGCGCUCUCCCUGGCGGAGUACAUCGUGGAUGGUGAUUUCUCGGAGGUUCUUGGUGCCGGUUUAGGUGCCGUCUAUUCGCAACUCCCGUCGAAGCUCGAAAUCCGCCCCUCAGUUUCGACUGAUGGAGCUGAGGGCAACAGUAUGGUCCUGGGAAACAAUCCUGUGGAGACAGCAGAUCGGGCGGCCGUUGACGCUGCUAGAGAGAAGACUCGCGGAAUAGGUAUGGAGGAGUCCACAAGUCCAGACUUCAAGUCACGACUCGACCAUUUUCUCAAGCUGGCAGAAUUCCUUGAAGACGUCCUUCGGCGGAACAUUGUUCACGAUACCCCGGACUCGACCACGGAGGUUCCUUUCCCUGUUGGAUCCGCCAUCGUCACCUCAAUCUUGGAUGCCGUUCGUCGAAUUUUCCUAGAGAACGUCCUUUAUCCCUCUAUCCUAGAAUGUUCAGACCUCGAUGGAAGCGCCGUCGCCGUCAUGUCCUAUAUUGACAUCAUGAUUCGAACACUAAACGCUGGCCGUCUCUCUCAUCUGCUCGUCGACUUCCUCAUGAGCGAAGAUAAUGACGAGGUCACGAAGCUGCGACAGCGGCCUUUCAGCAUGCUUACCCUUGGUGAGGACGCACCACCACAGGUCGCCAAAGCGGACAAGCAGACCAAGUUGAGACGAAGGAGGAGCAGCGCCAUGGUGUUUUUGGAAAUGGAGGCCCCUGAAUCGACGAAACAGUCCGAGUACUUCACAUCUAUGGGCCGAUUCACUCUGAAGGAUCUUCUUCUCUCUAACCUUCGUUCACCAAACAAGGCUACUGGGACGUCUGCUCUCCAGCUGCUGCAAUCUCUUCUAUACCAGCACAAUCAUCUUUGCGUCGAACGGCUAUUCGUCGUGGUUAGCGACCCAAAUGCCACAGCCUUCCCAGAGCCGACCCCGAUCACUAUUCCAAGUCUUGUUGCCGACGACGAGGACGAUGCUGCCCCUGAUUCAGAUGGUGAACUUUUGCCACCUAUACCAUUGUACGCGCAACCUGCUACCACCUUCUCCACCCACGAGCGGGAAAUGAACCUUUACCUCAACCUCGUCUCUCGCGUCGAUCCUUCGCACGUGUCGGACACUUUCAGCACGGGGUAUGACAAAUACCUUGGGGACGCUCUCGCUGCGAUCCAGGAGCAAUGUUUGCAGAUCGAUCUAGACGACGGCUCAAAUACGAAGUUCAAGCACCGACUCAAUCCCAACGAUCCCAUCCUCACUCUCAUCCUCGACUCACUUCGUAGACUUCUGUCGAACACCCCGGAGUUCAAUAUCGCCCUCACCGGCGUGCUGGCCACGCUCGCGUACGAUCCAAACCGGUCACUUGCAGGGUGGUUGACCUUUGCUUAUAAGGACGAGCCCCAUCGACCCAAGCCGGAGCGGGGUAUCUCUGGCAAGGAUGGAGCGGAUGACGGUGAUGACCGCUCGAUAGACUUUCGCAUCGAAGAGAGCCUCUCGUCGGACUCGCGAACGCUGCCGGCUUCUAGCCUUGACGAUUCGUCGCGUCCUGUUAUCCUCACGAUCUUCCAAGGUCUGGUCGCACAGCUCGAGCGAUAUCGUCAGAUGGUGGACAACUUUGACAGGUUCCUGCUCGAGCGCCGACAAGGCUUGCUUUUCUCUGAAAAUCUCACCGAUGCGCUCACCCUGGCCUUGGAUCUAGAAGAUCCCAGUGUUCGGUCCCCUCCUUCUACGGCUGCGCCACCAGAGACGCCACCCAGAGCGAAGCCUGCCCCUCAGAAGAAGUCGAGUUCGUUCGUCUCGUUCCUCACUCCGAAGAAGAAACUGUCCGCUUCUGCGAAGAACCCUGCAGCUAUGACUGGCGGCGACCGCUCGUCGCCGUCGAAGAAUGUCGCCGCGAGUCCAUUCGGCCCUCAUUACCAGCGAACGAGCGCCAUCUCCGUCGAGCCUUUCGAGGCGCCGUCGCCGUUGGCCGGGCCUUGGACUCCAUCCUCAUCGCGGAAGUUCAGUGCUGACGAGGAGGACGUCUUCACUUCGGGAUGGGGAGAAAGCGAGCAGGAGGUAGAGACGAAGGACGAAGAACCCGAGAAACCUGCGACCGUGACCCUUUCGCGUGUGUUGGAUAAUGUGGUGAUACUAGAGGAGUCUAUCAAGGAGUUGGUCGCUGUUAUUCAUGCGCGCCGGAGCCUGGGGAUUGAUGCUGUGCGCUAUUUGUGAAGUGGGGCGAGGAUGGGUGUGUUGUUGACAGCUAACGAUCUCUUCGAUUUAUGUAUGACCUUGCUUGUUGCUUUCGAACCGGACUUAUACCAUUGCUCAGUGCUUAUCAG